CAUAGCUAUGCACCAGCAUGGAAACCAUUAAAAUCAAUCACUCUCUAUCGAGGUCAGCAGGUAUGUGCUGUCAGACAACCCCAUGCACAGUGAUCACAGUACACUGAUAUGUGUGCACAUUUCCCAUGACGACACCCCUUCAGUAGACUUACUCUUUUAAUAAUGUACAGUUUUGUCUAAACAACAUUUGACACUUUUGACGUGUAAGUUUUGCUUCCUUAUUGUUUUCAAGUACAGUAGCCUACCUGGUUUAAUCAUAUUGUGUAAUUUACAAGAUACACAGUACUAUGAAACUGUAUAAUCCUGUCUCUAAUUGACAUGAAAGUAGGCCUGCCUAAAAAUAGGGCCUAUAUAGGCCUAUUUCCAGUGGCGGAUUUAGGAGGGGUGGCGCGUAAGGGGCGUAGCCCCCCCCCCCCCAAUAUUUUUGCAAAGAAAAAAUUAAACCCACAGUGUUAAAGUCUUCUUUUCCUACCAUACACCCUAGGAGAGUGAUAUUCAUAAAUCCACUUGGUGAGAAAUAGAAUUACACUUGUAACUCAAUGUUAAUACAGUAGCGGAUUUUGUUGUUUGACGACUUUUUUUAACGGAUUUUGGAUAUUAGUUUUCCUUUUUGCUGAUUUUGUGAUUUUUAUGCUCAGUGUUGCUGAGAAACCUCAUCAUGUUUUCUAGAAGUGAAAUUUCUCUUAGGAAAUGGUGUACAUUUAUGAGCCUUUGCAUGUUGUCAAAGAUUAUGUUUGAGAUGUUCGUGGAGGAAGCACUAAAACCCACAGCUGAAGGGCCGGACUUGUAUAGGCCUACUGAAGUCACUGCAACCAUCGAAAACCAAGUAUGUGCUCCAGUCAGAAAAAUAGUUUUUGCAAAGACUCAUAAAACGGCAGGCUCUACAGUAGCCUCCAUCAUUGACAGGUAUUCAUUCAACCAUCACCUUUCAGCACCUGUAAAUGGCUUUGUCAGAAACAUUUCCCAAUUUGUCCAUUUCAAUCGCACUUCUGUUUCAGCAAUUACGGAGCUGGACGUGUUCACUCGCCAUGUUCGUUAUAACCAUAAGGAAUUUGAUUUGGCUAUUCCUGGAGCUAAACACGUGACCAUCCUCAGAAAUCCAGUGUAUCAAUUCGAGUCUGCAUUUGUGUUUUAUGAGGUUGCUGACAAGCUUAACAUAUCAAAAUUUGAAAAUCCGAUGGAUAUGUUCUUUCAGAAACCACACGAGUACAUAUCUCAAAGGUUUUACCGAUGGGAGACUGUUUUUAAUCAUCAGUUG